AUGACAGCCAUCAGCCAGCUCCCAGCUGAUGUACAUUAUCGACAUAUCAACAACAUCGACCCGCCAGCAGCGAGCGCAGAGCUCACUGGCAGCCAGUGGACCCGCAGCCCCUCUGCCGCACAGCACAUAGCACAGCACAGCCAGCGCACGUCCAAGGCGACCGCACUCGACGCCUCCCAGCCUGCCAGCCAGCCGCCCUGCCUGCAUGCCAUGGCCUCGGAGCUGCGCCGCCGAGUCGCUCUCAAAGGGGACGGCACUCCACCCGAGACCCCCAUAUCCGUCACGCCUGAGCGCGACGACAGCCCCAUCCGGCCCGGCGACAAGGUCAAGGUCGUCCACCACAGCCAAAAGACGCGCAAGAGGAGGACCGGUGCCAUCUUCCUGCUCGGCAGUCUGUUUGGCCUGAUCGCCGCCGGCUUCUUUGCCAAGAGCAACGACCUGAUCGACUUCCCCGAGAUUGGCGAGCUGAGCGUCGACAGCCUGCUGGAUGUCCUGCCCGCCGGCCUGGUCAAGGAUGUGCGCGAUCUGGUGAAAGGAGAGCGCGACCUGGUGGAUUCUUACGAUGCCUUUUCUGUCGGCAUGAAGGUGCGGUCAGAGGGCCUCGAGGCCCACCACCCUAUGAUCAUGAUUCCUGGCGUCAUCUCGACUGGUCUCGAGUCGUGGGGGACUGCUAAUGCCUCUCGCCCCUACUUCCGGAAACGCCUGUGGGGGUCCUGGACUAUGAUGAGGGCUCUGGUGAUGGAGAAGGAGGUCUGGAAGAAGCACAUCAUGCUGGACAAGAAGACCGGCCUGGACCCGCCAAACAUCAAGCUGCGUGCCGCCCAGGGCUUUGACGCGACCGACUUCUUCAUCACGGGCUACUGGAUAUGGAGCAAGAUAUACGAGAACCUCGCGUCGCUGGGUUAUGACCCCACCAACUCCUUCACGGCAGCCUACGACUGGCGGCUGUCGUAUCAGAAUCUCGAGGUUAGGGACCAGUACUUCACGCGCCUGAAGCUCUACGUCGAGGCCGCAAAGCUCGGCAUGAAUCGCAAGGUGGUACUCGUGUCGCACAGCAUGGGCAGCCAGGUCCUCUUCUAUUUCUUCCACUGGGUGGCGUCCGAGCACGGCGGGCGUGGCGGUGACUCCUGGGUCGAGGAGCACGUCGAGGCCUGGAUUAAUGUCAGCGGCUGCAUGCUAGGGGCAGUGAAGGAUAUUCCGGCUGUUCUCUCCGGAGAAAUGAAGGAUACAGCCCAACUUAACGCUUUUGCCGUCUACGGCCUAGAGAAAUUCCUGAGCAGGGAGGAAAGAGCGGAAAUGUUCCGCGCAAUGCCUGGCAUCUCAUCAAUGCUCCCAAUCGGAGGUGACGCUGUCUGGGGCAAUCUGUCAGGGGCCCCGGACGAUCUGCCAGGCCAGGAGAACUCGUUCGGGUCCUUCCUCAACUUUCGCCAGGGUGUCAACUGGACUGUCCCUGAGAAGAAUAUGACGGUUGACGGGACGAUGCGAUAUCUCAUGAACUCAACUGAGGAUUGGUACCAGGAUCAAAUCCGUGGCAGUUAUUCCCACGGUGUCGCCCGCACGACAAAAGAGGUCGAGGAGAACGAGCACGACAACAGAAAAUGGAUCAAUCCGCUGGAGACGCGCCUGCCACUUGCCCCCAGCUUGAAGGUCUACUGCUUCUAUGGUGUCGGAAAGCCGACCGAGCGUGCCUACUACUACCGAACCCCAGAGGCGACAUCAAACCUCAACAUCACGAUCGAUACGGGGCUUAUACAUGGAGUGGUCGACCACGGCGUCAUUAUGGGUGAGGGCGAUGGUACGGUGAACCUCUUAAGCUCCGGUUUCAUGUGUAACAAGGGCUGGCAUAUGAAGCGGUACAACCCUGCUGGAGUCAAAGUCACGGUCGUCGAGAUGCCCCAUGAGCCGGAAAGGUUCAAUCCGCGGGGCGGGCCGAACACUGCGGACCACGUCGAUAUUCUCGGCAGGUCGACGCUCAACGAGCUGAUAUUGAGGGUGGCUGCCGGGAGGGGAAACACGAUAAACAACUACGUCGUGAGUAACAUAUCACAAUAUGCGGAGAAGGUUCAGGUGUUUGAAGAGGAGGAUUAA